AUGGAGGGAGGUGUUACUCGAGAAGUGUUGGCAUACAAAGAAAACCCAAACGAAGACCGAAAGUGGUCAGUCAUCAAAAAAAUGCGGAACGAGCGGAACAGAAAUUUAUUACUCGAAGUUGCGUUUGGUCCGUCAAAACAAAACGACAAGGCUGAGCGACAAAAGGCGUCGAACGAAGUGAAGAAAAGGUUGAGCACAUCGGCCCCAAAAAGUCUUAAAAUAAACGCCGUGAUUCAGAAUGAUGAGAUACCCUUGGACAAGCUCGAGGAGAUGGUCAGUGCGCUUGAGGUUCGGAUUGAGAAGUUGAUGCGUUGUCGGAACGACUGA